UUCAACAGUUCAACCCGCGGACAUGUACACGACCAUUGGAACCCCUUGCGAAAUGCAAAAAUACACGAGCGAUACCACCCCCUAAAUAUAAUCUUCUGUCCUCAGUAAAUCCUGCUGCUGUUGAAGAACAGAGGGUGAAGGCACACACAUAACCGGUAAAUCAAUCUGAGAAAUAUGGCUACCGCAAACAAGAAUGUUGAGUUUGUGCGAACAGGUUACGGGAAGAAUCAAGUUAAACUUCUGUAUAUCCAACGGGGAAGGAAUCAACAUUAUAUAAUGGAGCUGAAAGCAGAUGUGCAGCUUACGCUAAACUCUCGGAAAGAUUAUCUCACUGGAGACAACUCUGACAUCAUCCCAACCGACACCAUUAAAAACACUGUUCAUGCCCUGGCCAAGCUAAAAGGAGUUAAAACUAUUGAGGGCUUUGCCCUGGACAUCUGCAGCCAUUUCCUGACAGCAUUCAAACAUGUCACACGAGCAAAGGUCAACAUUGAGGAAGCCCCAUGGAAGAGAAUUGAAAAGAAUGCAGUUGAGCAUGCCCAUGCAUUCAUCUUCUCUCCAGAGUCUUGCCGCUUCUGUGAGGUUGAACAAUACCGAAAUGAGACUGCAGUGAUCCACAGUGGAAUCAAAGACAUGAAGGUUCUGAAGACCACACAGUCAGGUUUCGAGGGCUUCCUGAGAGACCGCUUCACCACACUGCAGGAGACCAAGGACAGAGUCUUCUGUACUUCUGUCUUCGCUAGGUGGAGAUACAACCAGUACAAGGAAGUAAACUUUGACAUGGCAUGGAAAACUGUAAAGGACAGCAUUAUAGAGAGGUUUGCUGGCCCCUUCUCUCAUGGGGAGUAUUCACCAUCUGUACAGAAGACACUCUAUGAUACCCAGGUUCUUGUGCUUGAGAGGCUGCCAGAGGUGGAGGAGAUUGAAAUUAUCAUGCCAAACCAGCACUACUUUAAUAUCGACAUGACCAAAAUCGGUCUCGCCAAUAAGGAUGAGGUCCUUCUACCUGUAGAUAAUCCAGCAGGCAACAUUACCGGAACUGUACGCAGGAAACCACAAGCCAAACUGUGAAACAGUACAGAAGAAUACGAGAAUCCACAAACAUAGCUGUCUUAACAGACUUUAAUAAACUGCAAUAAAAACAAGUCAACAAAAAAUGAA